AUGGCUGCAGAGGGAUUCCCAGUGCGCGUGCUGCCCGCGAUUGACCCCGCACGACACUCCUUUAUCGAGCCCGGCAAAAAGAUCCACGAAGGAGAAGAUGUCUCGGAUUUCCUAUGCUCUAAGGGCUAUGUCGAUAUGAUGACAUUUCUUCUUCAGCUGAAUCGGUCGAUGUUCCCGGAAAAGCUUCCCGAUGGCAGCGUGCAAGCUUGGCCUUUGAACUCCGAUGCGGUCGAAUACUCGGCCCCAGUCCGACAGCUACAGCAAUUGCUAUCGAAACUAGAAGCGAUUAUCGCGGAGGCACCGCCCGAUACGGGCCCGCGGAGGUUUGGAAAUUUCAGCUUUCGCAAAUGGUACCAAAUCGUCGAAAGUCGAGCCUCGACCCUGCUCGAGGAGUGUUUGUCGUCUGAAAUACUGAAGAAGCCGUCUUCAGACCCAAAUGGCCCGACGGCGGAAGUGGAAUUGAAGGCUUAUUUCUUGGGGAGCUGGGGAAGCGCUCAACGCUUGGAUUAUGGGACAGGUCAUGAACUGAGCUUCCUAGCCUUUCUCGCUGGAAUCUGGAAGCUUGGGGGAUUCCCUAAAAACGCGGCCGGGGUGGAGGAAAGAGCUCUUGUCUUGGGUGUGAUACAACCGUAUUUGGAAUUGGUACGGACAAUUAUCAAGACCUACACUCUGGAACCGGCAGGUUCUCACGGCGUAUGGGGUUUAGACGAUCAUUCAUUCAUACCCUAUAUCUUUGGGUCUGCACAGUUCGCCCCGGCCCUCGGGGCAUCAGACAAAGUGCCUGAUGAGGGCUCCCUGCCCGAUGCGCCGGAUCCCACUGGUGUGUCCAAAGCAAAUAUUGUUGAAAGAGAGCGAAGAGACAAUCUGUACUUCUCCGCAGUCGGCUUUAUUUACGAUGUGAAGAAAGGGCCCUUCUGGGAGCAUAGUCCAAUGUUGUAUGACAUAUCUGGGAUUCGCACCGGCUGGGCCAAAAUUAAUAAGGGGAUGAUCAAAAUGUAUAAUGCUGAGGUGCUCUCAAAAUUCCCUGUCGUCCAGCAUUUUCCUUUUGGCUCGCUCUUCAGCUGGGAGCGUGAUCCAAAUGCUUUGCCGCCACCAUCCACAGCUCAUAGCUCAUCUGGUCCGCAAGCACGGCCACAAGGCCCCGCUGCUCCGGCCUCAACGACGCAGGCUCCUGGCGCGAGAACCAAGGCGCCUUGGGCCUCUGUAUCGGGCUCUGCCCCUCAAAGUGGAACCGCUGCACCCUGGGCGACCUCGCGAGGAUCCGGAGGGCCGUCUGCGUCCAGAAUACCUCCUACGCUCACUAAUACAUCCACAUUACCACCGGGCCCGAUGACACCGACUCGGGCUCCUUGGGCGAGCUCACAGCCCACGGCAGCCCCAGGUGGCAGCGCUGAAGGGAAUCCUGUUACCAAAGCUCCCUGGGCCAAAUGA